AUAAGACGUGUUUUCACUAAACAUUAUUGAAAUGCACCUUAUAUAACGAGCAGUGACAGGCUUCAUUAUUAGAAAUGAUGAGGGAUUUAUAAUGGGGUCGGGAUUUCAAAGACAUAAUCUGGUUCAUUCGGUGGUAAUUGCUGAAGCGCUUGCUGUCCUUCAUGAGCUCCAAUUUGCCCUGGAUAUGGGUUUUUCAAAGGUUAUUCUUGAGAGUGAUUCGAGACUAGUGGUAAAUAAUAUUCAAAAAUCAAGUGAGGAUUACUCAGAGUCUAGACCAUUUACCUGGGACGCGAAGAACCUGGCAAGGAAGUUCCAAUGUUGUCGAUUCCAGUUCAUUACGAGAGAGGAGAAUGGAGCAGCGCAUGCAUUGGCCGUUGAGGGUAUGCGAGCAGAAGGGAUUCAUUCUGGGUGGAAGAUGCGCCUUUGAAAGCUUUGAAAGUGGCCAAUUCUGAUCGUCGGAGUGGGCGACCUCCAUAACCCAUUUUCUAUUUCAGCGAUGGAGUUGAGAAAUACUGAUAUAGGAUGGCCAUUCUCAACUGCUUUCUUUGCCGGUUGUUGUCGAAUUUGGAAGAUUUUUACCGUUUAUUUUAUUGGGGUUUUGUUGAUUCACACAGCGCCUGAAGAUUUGUUGGAUGGAGAAGACGGUGUUUUGUUGAUUUUUUUUAAUUAUUUUAUUGUUUGCUGUUUUGUUUUUUCCUAAUUUGUUUUUGUUUUGUUUUUCUUUGGUUUGUUAGUUGCUGGUGGACUUCUCCUGUUUUCUGUUCAGGCUCAAUUGCUAUCAACGGAUUUCUUUUCAAAAAAAAAAAACCCAAAUAUUUGUGAUCUCCUUGGGCUCUUUUUUUCCCCAGACCCGUCCAAAAAUAUCCUCUCCAAACAGUCCCUUCUCUAUAAGUAUACCUCCCUUUCUCAUUUACUCCCAUAACACAUCCCUUAUUGUUUUUCCAACUUUUCUUCUUCAUUUCUUUCUUUAUUGUUUUGGUUUGCUGCUGUUUCUUUACAGGUGGUCAGGGUUCUUAUUAUUCAUUGCAUACGAUGCUUGGUUCUGGCGGUGGAAGUGGUAGCUGUUCCAAGGACAUGGCGGUGGAGUUAGGAGAUGAACCCCAUGUUUUAGUUGUGGAUGAUAGCCUCAUUGAUAGGAAACUGGUUGAGAGACUGCUCAAGAACUCCUCUUGCAAAGUGACUACAGCAGAGAAUGCACUGAGGGCUGUGGAAUAUUUGAGACUGGGAAAUGAUACAUUGGAAGGCACUGUUUCUGAGGUCAAUAUGAUAAUAACAGAUUACUGCAUGCCUGGAAUGACCGGCUAUGAACUGCUCAAGAAAAUCAAGGAAUCAUCCGUUCUCAAGGAAGUCCCUGUUAUAAUCAUGUCAUCCGAAAACAUACCCACUCGUAUCAGUCAAUGCUUGGAGGAAGGUGCAAAGAUGUUCAUGCUGAAGCCACUGAAGCGGUCUGAUGUGAAGCAACUCAAAUGGCACUUGAUGAAAUGCAGGAACUGAAGUUAGAGGCAAGAAAACAACUAGGAUUCAAGAACAAGAUUUGUAAUGAGAAAAAGAAAAGAAGAAAAACUUUAUAAACCCACAUUUUUGUUUUUCUUAGUAGGGUGUAGUGAAAAAAUGGGGUGUCUAUAUUGUUUCCAUUCCUCAAUUUUUGUUCGACUUGACAUUUCUGUUUUAAGGCAGAUAUUGGCAUUAUACAAAUAUGAUGAUUCUAUGUAA